AUGUCCGAAAUAAACUUCACUCCACUUAAAAACACCAAGGUUUUCCAGCCGAUUCAAGUUGGAAAAAACCUCCUUUCCAACCGAAUUUUUUAUGCCCCCUCCACAAGAACCAGAGCAUUGGACGAUCGGACUCCUUCGAACUUGCAAUUGCGCAACUACGACGAAAGAACAAAGUAUGCUGGUUCGCUUGUGGUCACCGAAGCCACUUUUUCAUUUCCUCAGGCCGGAACCAUGGCAGGAGUUCCGGGAAUAUAUACCCCAGAACACACCAAAGGAUGGAAAAAAAUUGUGGAUAAGGUUCACGAGAACAAUUCGUUUAUUGCAAUUCAGCUUUGGAACUUGGGUCGACUUGAUAACCCCAAAGAUUUGAAGGCAGUAGGCUUACCCUACUUGGCACCUUCAGCCAUUUAUCCCGACAAAGAUGCUCGGGAAGAAGCCGAGGCUGCGAAUAAUCCUAUUAGAGCAUUGACCGAAGAGGAAAUCCACAACCAGAUUUAUGUGGAAUACACCACGGCUGCAAAAAAUGCCGUUGAGGCUGGGUUCGACUACUUGGAGUUACAUGAUGCUCACGGCUACUUGUUGCACCAAUUCUUGGAAGAUACCUCCAACCAAAGGACAGACAAGUAUGGUGGAUCGGUAGAGAACAGAGCCAGGUUUGUGUUGGAGCUCAUUGACCAUCUUAUUCCGAUAGUUGGUGCUGACAAACUUGCUAUUCGUCUUUCUCCAUGGGUGACUAUUAAAGGUAUGCCUGGUAUUCAUGGUGAUACCCAUCCAUUGACCACCUACAGCUACUUGCUACACGAGCUUGAAAAACGGGCUAAAGCCGGGAAUCGGUUAGCCUACAUUUCCAUUGUAGAGCCUAGAGUCAAUGGGUCUACUACUCUUGAAACCAAAGACCAAACUGGAGACAAUGGUUUUGUUGAAGAUAUUUGGAAGGGAACCAUUCUCAAGGCGGGAAACUACACAUAUGAUGCUCCAAAGUUCAAUCUGGUGAUUAAAGACGUUGAAAACGACCGUACGUUAGUCGGGUUCAGUCGCUAUUACGUCUCGAAUCCAGACUUGGUUCAGCGAUUGAAGGACGGGACUCCACUCAAGCCUUACGACCGUUCUCUCUUUUAUCGAAAGGACGACUGGGGAUACAAUACUUAUCCAUACGAGGGACAAACAGAAGAGGAAAUAGAGGCUGCAAAAAACAGAAAGCCAAAGCCUAUUGGGGCCAAGGCAUAA